GUCCCACCUAGGCGUCAACACACACACAAGAUAAACCACACCACAUGUGCCACUCCUCGGCUAGACGGUGUUUCUCUUGUAAUUACACGCACCAUAGACACAGCCGAAUUCAUGUCAUCUGAGUGGACUCCCUUCAGAAACUACAAAACCAAUCGCUAAGCGGACCACGUUCAGAUGUAGAAAGUAAGUCACAGCACAACAAGGACAAGAGGACCAAGAGUUGAACGGCAGAAAAUGUGGAGAUAAAGACAGUUUUCUACUAAAGACUUCACUUCAUCUAAGGCUACAGGAAUCAUUCGACUGGCACUCAAGCCCUGCAAUGUAAGGAAGCAAGCACAUCACCGAAAAGCAGAGGAGGGCAGACAGUUGAAACCAAAGGAGAAGAAAGGGCAGUUGUCUGAGGGUGAAAGAUCAGGGGACCAAAACUGAAAAAUCAACAGCUGGAAUAGAAGAUGGGUGGACGAGUGAGCUGCUGGCUGCUGCUCACACUGUCUCUGAAAGGUGUUCUUGCAGGUGAUUGGUCAGUUAGUCUUCCCUCCAAUCCUAUUUCUGCUGUGAUUGGUUCCUCUGUGGUUCUCCCUUGUUCCUAUGACUUCCCUUCUUCUGAGGCUGAGGGACGGCUCUCUGCUCAGGGUGGAGGAGGAGGAGGAGGCGAGGUACAACAGUACAACGUUUCGUCUGAGAUCUGGUGUCUCGAAGACAGUCGCUGUAUCACAUCAAGAUAUGUCUUCCACAGUGCCGGUAUAUUACCACAUCCAUCCUACCAGAACAGGGUGGAGUACCUACAACCAGGAACCAAAAACUGUUCUCUGAGGAUUUCUGACCUGAGGAAGUCAGACAGUGGAGCGUACGUGUUUUACCUCAUCACCAGCCACCCCACUCAGAAGAUGCCAGAGCAGAAAGGAGUACAGCUCCUAGUGGCAGACUCCUUCAGUGCAGUCACGGUGUCAGCGAGUCCCUCCACUGACAUCACAGAGGGCGUGGCCCUGCGUCUGGCCUGCGGCAGCCCUGCGGCCAGUCCCCAGGCCCUCUUCAGAUGGUACAAGAGCACAAGCAGCACCCGAGGACACAUUGGACAGGUGUGGGACUUCAGUGAGGUGACACUUGGAGUCUCUGGCAGCUACUACUGUCAGAUACAGACUGGAGAUAAAGAGCAGAACUCAACAAUGCUGCCUAUUGAUGUAGAAUACUCUCCUCGCAACACAUCGGUCUCAGUCUCUCCUGCUGCAGAGCUACAGAACGGGCUUCUUGUGACUCUGACCUGCAGCAGCGAUGCUAACCCUCCUGUCCACACAUACACCUGGUACCAGGGGGCAGCAUGUCUUCUGGCAGCCGACAAAAGCUUUAAUCGAGCCAGAAAAUCUCCGGCUACACCUACAGGACGAGGCCCGACACUCAGCAGUGCCAACAUCUCCGCUGAAGAAUAUGGGCUGCACUGCUGCGAGGCUCGGAACAGACAUGGAUCACAGACUAACGGUCUGAAACUCACAGAUCCCAAAGCAACGGACCCAUCCGAGUCUUCAGGAAAGAGAUUGCUGAUUAUUGGAGUGACUGUCUGUGUUAUCCUGGCUUUAGUUGCCAUAGUGGCCUUUCUCUUGUCAAGGAGACAGAAGUCAUCAAGACAUCAGUCGUAUGUCCUCACAGAGACAUCUCCUCCAGCACCUUGAGGCUUCUUUCAGCACAAAUACUAGAACUCUUUUUUUCCGGAUUUUCUGGAGUUGACUUUUGCUUUAAGAGAAUACUCAAGCAAAAGAAAAACUAUGUAAAUAGAUUUACUCUUUUGCCUCUUAUCUGUUCAUUUGUUUACAUAAGCUUAAAGGUAAUUCACUUCAGAAACACUUUUUGUUAUAUUCCAUGGAAUGCUCUUCAUCC